UAACACGGGUCUAACGCUCCUUCGCCCACUACUCAACCAAAAUAAUAAUAAGGAAAAGCGAGGGCCAUUUUCUCCGAGUUUGUUUAGAUUCCAUAACUUCCAGCUCUUUCAGGGUGGAUAAAUAAGGCUUAACAGACACACGUUUACACGUAAAAUGCCUGUCAUCACCACCAAGGAGUCCGCCUCAGCCGUCGCCGACGCUCUCAAGGCUGAGGCCAGCGAGGCCAAGCCGGCGUACCUCGUCGUCUACGCCUCGCACCGUAACGGACGCUCGUGGUGCGGCGAUUGCACGGCGGCCGAGCCAUACAUUGAGAAAAAGUUUGGCGGCGACGAGAACACCGUUCGGGUCGUCUAUGCGGGCUUGCCCGAGGAGUGGAGGACGAAAGAGAACCCGUGGAGACAGGCGCCGUUCAACGUCACGAACCUGCCCACCCUGAUCAAAGUUUCUGGCGAGAAGAAGUGGGAAAAGCUUGUUGAGGCGGAUGUCUACGACCAGAAGAAACUCGACGCCUUCGUCGGCGGCAACAGCCGCCUGUGAGUAUCCAUACAAGCAAGCUCGAUAGAAAAGAAUAAUAAAAAGUGUAAAACAUUUGCAACUUCC